CCUUGAUAUAAUCUCUCGAAGAUAAGCAAAAUCCUCAACUUGUUCUUCUCUAUAACUUUGUCGAGGCAUCAUCAUGGUUAAGGGUUCCUUCACUGAUGAGAGUUUUUGGAGCGUUCAGAUCGAUAGAUUGUGGAAAGCACGUAUAAUUGAUGGAUACAACUUGUUGCCGAAGCUGUUGCCUGACUUCAUUUCAAAGGUGGAGAUUAUUGAGGGAGAUGGCGGAAUUGGCACCGUAAAGAAGCUCAGCUUCACCAAAGAUAUAAAUGGCAACGGCUUCGUCAUAGAAAAGAUCAUGGCGCUCGAUAUGGAUUGUUACCUUGUAAAAGACACCGUCAUCAAUGGAGGGCUUAUCGGGCCAAGACUGAUUUCUUACUCUUUCGAGCACAAAUUUGAGAAAAUAAGUGAUCACAGCACCUUGGUUAAACUAACCGUUGAAUAUGAAUCAUCUGAUGAAUAUCCGCUUAGUGUUGAGGAGCAAAACCUGCUCAUAGUAAGGAUGACUGGGAUUAUGAAGGCUAUUGAAGGAUACCUUCAUACACAUCCAACCGCUUAUGUUUGAUUUCAAGACAAAUUAUCUAUUAAUAUGUCUGCAAUUUCUCGCAUCAGUAUUUCUACGGUCUGUCAUAGGUAAAGAUGGUUCAGUGUUUGUUGAGUCACUUUAUUUUGAUUCAUAAGAGGAAAAAAUAUAUCUUGCUUUCCUCUUUCUUCGUAUGUGAAAGGAGUAUUAGCUGAUGUGUUAUAAGUGUUAGAAGGAAUGAGUAAUC